AUGGCCUCCAGCCAAAUGGACCCAACUCCCUGGAAGAAAAAACGCCUUGUCCUCCUCUCAAUCGCAAUCGCCAUACUCCUCCUGGCCCUGAUAAUCGGUCUCGCAGUCGGUCUAACCCGGCAUUCCAAACAAAACCUGCCCCUGCCCACAACCAACGGAGGGCCCUACACAGGCGACCUGACAUACUACGAUCCGGCGCUGGGCUCAUGCGGAAUAACCAGUUCCAAUUCGGACUUGAUCUGCGCGGUGUCGCAUGUUCUCUUUGAUGCUGCGUCGACGGGGUCGAAUCCGAAUGCGAAUCCGCUGUGUGGGAUGAAGGUGAGGUUGAAGAGGGGGGAGGCGAGUGUUGAUGCUACGGUUGUGGAUCGGUGUACCGGAUGUGCCGUCAAGGAUCUGGAUGUGAGUCGGGCGGUUUUUAAGAAGUUGGCGGAUUUGGAUCUGGGGCGCGUGACUGUGGACUGGGCUUGGUUGGAGGAGGCGCCUGUUUCUGUGAGAUGA